AUGGAUAGCCUAAGUAUAAUAACGACCGACAUUCGCAUUGCUUUUAAAAAGAAACAGUUCCUGGUGGGUGUUUUCUUGGAUAUCGCAUCUGCGUAUGACCACGUGCUGGUUCCAGUGCUCAGGCAAAAAAUGCUUCAGCUGAGUAUUCCUGAGAAGUUGGUACGUUUUGUUUGCAAUGCAGUUUCGAAUCGUUAUAUUAUUAUAAGAUCUCAAAAUACGGAGCUGUCUCCUAGAUCUAUUUGGAGGGGCUUACCUCAAGGUUCUGUUUUGAGUCCCCUUCUGUACAACAUUUACACCUAUGACCUGGAGCUUGUUGUGAAUUCCUUCUGUCAGAUUCUUCAAUACGCGGACGAUGUAGCCUUAUACUUUUCAUCAAAUUCUAUUGAAGAGGCAUCAUCACGCCUAAAUUCGGCUUUGGAUUAUUUGGGUGAUUGGUUAAAUGAUCAUGGUCUCUCUAUUUCUGUGCCCAAAUGCUCGGCAGUCACAUUUACUACAAAAUACAAGGUUCCACGGUGUAACAUUUCAUAUAAAGGGUCCUUGGUAUCGAGUUGUAAGCAAGUAAAAUUUUUAGGCCUUAUUUUAGACUCAAAGUUAAACGGUGUUCCUCAUUUUAACCAUGUGAUUAAAAAAAGUGAGAAGGGUGUUAAUGUUCUCCGUUCAUUAUCUGGUGUGAGGUGGGGAGCACACCCCUACUCGCAAAAGCUUUUAUACAAUGCUGUGGUACGAAGUCAUUUUGAUUAUGGCACCUUCCUUUUAGAUCCUGGCAACAAGCAAGCCCUUGAUAAAAUUUCCAAAAUUCAAUCGAAAUCUUUACGCAUCAUCCUUGGUGCUAUGAAAUCCUCUCCCAUCAAUGCUCUCCAAAUAGAAUGUGUUGACCCCCCCUGUAUUUACGUAGACAAUUUUUAA